AUGGAGCUCACAGCUCUACUUAAUACCCCAACUAUUGCCACUUGUACUGUCGGCGAAUUUUACAACUUGUACAACCCAAAUCAUAUCAAUGCGACAGUAUUGGACAACCCCCGCAAAAAAAUAAUGGACAAAAUCACCUCGACAAAAUUUGCACCAGUCAGUGUAAAUCCUGGCCUUGCCCAAGCAACCAGGAUGUGCAGAGAAUUUAACUGUGAGAGUCACACAACUGGAGAUUCAAGAAAGAUUGUUCUUACCCCUGAAGGCAAAGGGUAA